GCGUCGCGCCAGUGCUCUCGCGUGCGUCGAGCCGAGCGUGUCGUUUCGAAGUUGUUCGUGUGCCUCGCGCUGUCACUUUUCCGGAGCGCCUACCAACCCUCCUCGUGAUCCGGACUUCCCCCGACGGGGAUCUCAGAUUCGGAGCGUUAUAUAUCAACCGGGUGAUCGAGUGUAGUGGAUCGAGUUCGGGAAAGCGGAGCGAUCACGUGAGAUCCGGUCUCGGGAAGACGAAAAAUAUGAGCAUCUCACAAAGUUAGAGGAAAAAAACAAAAUUUUCAUCUAAGAGGAGGUCAUAUCAUGGAGACCGAGGAGCUGACCAGACUUGUCGACGAGAUCUAUAAGAACAUCUUGGACAAGUUCAACCCUGGCGCCAGACAGCUGAUUAAUGCAGGCAAGGCAUAUCUAAAGGCCCUUCACGGAGCUGCGGCGGCGUCACGAGUUUACGUUGACGCUUUGUCCCGAUUGGCUCGUCAAGCUCAACUAGGGACAUGGGGUGGUUCAAAGGAUGUUGGUUUCGCGCUGAUGAGAAUCGUCGAGGUAUACAAGGAGAUCCAGGAUCAGGAGAUGAACAUCCUAAAAGCGUUCUACGUGGACCUGCUGGUGCCACUGGAGACCAACCUGGAGAAGGACACGAAAGUCGUUCAGAGCGAGCAGAAGAAGUUUCUUCAGCAGCACAAGACCAGAUCCGAGACCUACAGCAAGGCGGCCGCGACCAUGAAGAAGCAAAGAAAGAAGUCCAGAGCCGCCAAUAAAAGCGGCCUCGCCAUGGACAAGGAGCUGAAGAACAUGCAGAUCCUCGAAGAAGAGAAGACCAAGCUCGAUGCCUUCUGCGAGCAGAGCCUGAAGAACGCGAUGACUCAGGAGAGACGACGAUACGGUUUCGUGUUGGAGCGACAAUGCUCCUUGGCAAAGCACUAUGCGAGUUUUCAUGAGGUUGCACUGGCUGCGCUUCAUCCCUCAGUUGAUAAAUGGCGCGAGGUUGCCGCCACCAGGGAAUAUUUGCCCCAGUCGGUGGAGGACAUGUUCGCUUCCAGACUCAGGCAAACGUCAUUCUGGCCGGAGGAUGAAGAGAACGGUGGCUCGGAACUGACGACGAUGAGCUCGCAAUUGCGAAAGACACGAAGCAUGGACAGCUCCUGUCUGGAACUGCGAUUGGGUCCAUUACCCGGAAAUCCGCAGUCCGGUGGCCAUCUCGGUCCAACGCCGCAUCUUCCUGCUGUCCUUUCCAGAGCAAGAUCCGAAGCCAAUCUGCACGCCUCGACAUUAUCUCUCGGCCCCGAGGUUCCAGAGACCCCACCUCGACCGCGUUCCAUGGCGCCUCCCACAUCCCGCAGCAGCGGCGGCGGCGGCAUCGGAAUCGGCACUGGGGGUUGGGGAGACGCUCCUCUCGCCAGAGCUCUCUUCGCCUACCUUAGCUCGGGAGAAAAUCAGCUGAGUUUUCUGGAGGGCGACCUCAUCGCUCUGAUGGGAGACCGUCAGAAGGGAUGGCAAUUUGGUGAGAAUCUCCGCACUCAAAGCUCGGGGUGGUUUCCCUUGGCGUACACCGAAAUUAUAAUCGACGAUACUUUGGGAUCACCGAGUCACGGAACGAGCAACGGUAGGACCCCGGAUUUGCAAGCCAUUCCACCUUGCAAACCCCCUCCGUCUCGUCCGCCAGUUACACCAGCCAGUAUCGACGAGUCACCUGGGGGUACCACCGGAGGCUCUGGCAGCAACUCCGCCAACAAUAACAAUGUCAAUAGCAAUAAUAAUGGUAGUUGCGUCGGCACGCCGACUAAUACUCCGAGUGUUCUGGCAACUCCAACAGCACGCCAAUCGAAAUCGAUCCGUCCAUCAGGUACACUGCCUGCAGUCCUAGCCGGGGGACGAAGAGUGCAACCGCCUGUGCCCCCGGUACCACCUCCGGCAAUGACGUCACUCCAUAGCAGCAACGAUAGCGGCUUUUCCAACGAGCCCCCGGUGCAGCCCGACGUCGAUUACAGCGAUGAUGAAGCGUUGAGACAACGGCGCCGGAAGCCGCGAAGCGGAGGAGAUCGUCCAUUCCCGAAGGACGAGAAGCAGUCCAAGGAGUGGGAGAACGACUCCUGGAAGACGAUCCCGCGGGACGAGAAGUCCUGGCAGCUGUAUCGCACGGCGAUGGAUCUAUGGGCGGAAUCCAAAGUCAAUCAUCAGACGGGCGAGGACUCGAAGAAGUACUUUGAGAUGGAGAACAACGACUUCGCGCUGGAGAACGGCGACGUAACGAAGAAGAAGAGGAAGAGCAAGAAGAUGGCGCAGCAGUCGAACGAGCGACCCAGCCCGAAUCAACGGACAAAAAUGGUGGACGCGCCUCGUCAUGGCGAUCAGCGACGUAUCAUGGACAAGCGGGCGCAAGCGGAGACAGAGGAGGACGACCUCGAGGAAGACGAAGAGGAUUUUGGCGUCGAGUGUCAUAAUAACAACAAUCAUAAUAAUAAUAAUAAUAAUAAUAAUAAUAAUAAUAAUAACAACAAUAAUAAUAACAAUAAUAAUAACAACAAGUUCUACGCGAACACUCAAGAAACUCAACAGGAGCGAAGAGGAGGAAACAAUUUUGAAGCGGACAAGUAUGGCAAGUCCUCGAGCUCGUCGUCGGAAUCUGAUGAUGAAAGUACUAUCACCAUUCCUGAACCGGGCCGUAAGGUCGAGCAUAUAGCGCAGAAGCUCGAGCAGACCGCGCAAAAAUACGCGCGCGAGCACAGCCCGCCCAAGUUUCUCGAACGCCGUGAGAGGACAAGCGCAGCGGAGUAUAAAAGUCUAGAGAGGGAAACCCGAGAGUCUUUGUCGCGUGACCGUCGCGAGAGAUCCGCCGCGGAGUAUAAGAGCCUGGAGCGUAGCCGUGAUUGCGGUCAGAAGAACUUGGAGCGUUUGCGCGACGAUAAACGUUCGCGAGAUGACGAACGCAUGCUGCGGGACGAUAAGCAUUCGCUUGAGCGAAGCUCCCGCGAGGACAAACAAAACUUUGGACGCUUGAAAGACGACAAGCAAAGCUUCGAACGUUUGAGAGAGGAGAAGGCCAAUUUUGAACGCGCAAGAGAGGAUAAAUCGAACCUUGAACGCUCGAGGGAGGACAAGCAGAUCUUUGAACGCUCGAGGGAAGACAAGCAAAGCUUCGAUCGUUCGCGAGAUAGCAAACAGAGCUUCCAACGACAUAACCUAACCCGCGAAGAAGCGCAGUCGUACGAACGAACCCGCGCUCGUUCUAGGAACGACCAGGAACGCGCCUAUACGGAGCAACGCAAGGAGAUGAUGGGUUAUGAACGAACGUUCGAGAAAAACCGCAACAGGAUGGUCGAACGAUUGUCCAGUCGACGAUUCGAGCGACCGCGACCGCCGUCACAGGAGGCUCCUGAACGGCCAGUUGGACCCUACCGAGAACGUAGAUACUCCGAUAAGGAAGAGGCGAUUUACGGAGAAACCGGCCGAUACGUAGUAGGCUCGCUCGAGAAAGAUCGCGGUUAUGAGUCAAACUUCGAGACGAAAUUAGAGAGAUCGAAGGCUCUCGAGAGACACGGUUAUCACGCGGGUCUUCAGAAGCAAAUGUUGCACCGAGAAGUAGCGAGCGAAAACGGCGAUACCAAUAACAACACACUGAAGAUGGAACGAAAAUCACCGCGACAGGGCCAUAUUACCGCUAUGGGCCAUCUUGCACAAACCGGUAGAGCCUUUGAGGAAUCAAAGAGCCCGAAGCUCGUAAAGCGAACCAAGUCAUUCUGGAAAUUUCGUCGGGACUCGGAAGUUCUGGAAGGUAUGGCACUCUGGCAGCACCGUUCGCUCGUGGACAUUCCCAAGAUGAUCCGUAAAGAAUACAAAAUGGCAGGAAACGAGGAGAAGCAGAGCAACUCUGAAGGUGGUAGCCCGAAUUCGAGUUUGGGCAACAGCGAAAGCACCAUUACGAACGAUCAUCGGCACGAGGAGCCGAAGCCGGCCGAGAGAAGCCAUGUACCAGACAAGACGGAUUACUUUGAUGAUUUUCCGACGCCAGCUGAACGGCCCAAGAUCACGGAGAGGUCGGCGUAUAGAAUUCAACAGCAGCCGGAGGAACGUGCAUACUUUGUCGGCAAUGUGUCGCGAAAGGCCAUCAUUGAGAAAGAGCGUAGACGCAGUCUCGAGGCGAAGCAAAAUAUGGUCGUGGCAGAGCUGAAAGAAAACAACGAGAGUAAGCGGAACGAGAUACUGAUGCACAAUAGGAGAAAUUAUGACGAGGAGGAGGACGCGACGUUGAACUUCAGCGAGACUGAGGCUUCUGAUGAGGAAUCCACAUACAGCUGCAUCGUUGUUAAGGAUCAGAGCAUACCGGAGAAGACUCUGUUGCCGAGGACUAAGCUGAGAAGAGAGUCUGAUCGAGAUAGGAAUACUUGCGGACCUUGGUACGAUCUCUGGGGUAUGGAUGCGUCCGUUAAUAAGAAAAAGAGAAAGCAAAAGCAACAGUAAGAGCAACAAGAAUGAGUUGAUAUGAAAUGAGAUUAUUAUGCAGAAGAUAUUAAAAUUAUGAACAUUGAACUGAAGAAACGAAGAUGAUAAAGAAUUAUCUUUCUAAUAUUUUAAAUAAUAAGAAACAUUGAGAAUAAAAUAGAACAUAGAAGAGACUGCGUACUGUUUUAUAUAUAUUGGAGGUCAAACAUACAAGACACUGAAAUUUUUUUGAGUCAACCUGCUGAAGAUGGUCCAAAGAGAGGAAAUGUUCAAAAAAUAUUUAAAGAAGAAUUUAAGAACAAAAAAAGUUUAUAUUGCGUCUAAUAUCUUCGCCUAUGUAUCAUACAUUUAGUUCAUAAAUUAUUGCCGCAUGUAUAUGAUUGUUAUCGCAUGUUAGCCUGAAGUUCCACUUCAAACAUCUUAAGUUUAUCUUACUUAUUUGAAUUUUUCGUGGACCACAUCUUUUACGAGAUUAAUUCCGCAAACGAUCGACUCCAUAUCCCAUUUUGGUGUACUCGUGUUUGGCGAAUCCCUUUCCGCGAUACUCUCGUUUUGAACGAUUGGCUGUUGAUGUUGUAGGGGCUUGCAGCAUCGUCGAAGAAAACGCUCGAUACAUUUUUGCGACGACAUCUAAGCUUAUCCCGAAA